ACACUGAAGUGAACGCAGAAAAAGCUUGCCGAUAUUUUCUUCCAUCUCCCUCAGUAAAUUCUCAAUAGGCUGAUUGACAACAAAAGGCAGUACUUUGAGGAGCAUUGUUGUUACCAAUGAUUCUCUGUAAAUAAGUGUUCUGUAUCGAGAGCCUGUAAAAGUAAUUUACACCGUGGAGGAAAAAAUAUGAAGAGACGGAAUGCCGAAAGUGGCAAGAUGCGGCGCCCCCUAAAGCGCACAAAAAUCACCGAAGGAAUGUAUGGAAAUUCAUUGGUGUACCUAAAGUUUGUGAUGCUGUGGGCGACGGUAGUGAUGGCCGACUACAUGCUGGAGUUCAGAUUUGAGUUUCUGUGGCCGUUCUGGAUGAUGCUGCGAUCAGUGUACGACUCAUUCAAAUAUCAAGGGCUUGCAUUUUCAGUGUUUUUCAUAUGCAUUGCCCUGACUUCCGACAUGAUAUGUUAUUUCUUCAUACCUCUGCAGUACAUAUUUUUUGCUGCAAGUACCUAUGUUUGGGUACAGUACACAUGGUAUACAUUCGCAGACAAAGGGCUCUGUUUGCCCACGGUGGCGGUGUGCUGCCUCGUGCUGUGGAUCGAGGGCGCGCUGCGUAUUGAGCGCGUGGGCGUGGGAGUGGGGCUGGGCGUGGGCGCCGGGCUGUGUCGGCCGCUAGCAGCUCAUGCAGUGGGAUACCCGGCUGUCACGCUCGGGUUCGGAGUUAAGUCUUACGUGAGCCACCGGCUGCGGCUGCGGCGGCAGCGGCGCGUGCGCGCGGAGAACGAGUUCUACUUCCAGCUCAUGCGCGACGCGCUGCCCGAGCCCGCGCCCGACCAGCAACCUGUGGCCAGCCCGGCGCCGGCCAAGGAGGCGGAGUGCGAGAAAAUGAACGGCUCCGUCAAGCGGCGCUGCGCCAAGGAGCAGAACGGGCACUGUCCCACGUCGCAGGAACACGCGCAACUACAGUUUAAGUUAGAUAAGCUAGAGAAGCACUUGGCGGCGGCCACGGCGGCGUCGGCGCGGCCGCACGCGCAGACCAACGGCGCGCCGCCCGGCCCGCAGGCAGACGACGCGCAAACCAACGGGAAGGGUUGUGCAAAGUCGACAAAGUGUGAAAAGAAAGAGGCUAACACAAUAAAAGAAGAAAAAAAGAAGAAUAAAAACAAAGAUAAAGAUAAGGAAAGCAGUGAUAGUAAUAAGAGUACCGAACAGUUGAAAGAACAAACUAUAGUUAAAGAAGUAGAAAGUACAAAAGAAAGUGUAAAAAAUAAAGAGUGCAAUGGUUACAAAGAAAAAGAAAAAGAAAAGGACAAAGAAAAAGAAAGAGAGAAAGAAAAAGAGAAGGACAAAGAAAGGGAAAAAGAGAAAGAAAAGGACAAAGAACGGGAACGUGAAUCGCGUGAAUCCCGAGAAACAAAAGAGUCGCGUGAAGCGCGCUCCCUCUCGGAGGAGGUGCGGCGAUUGCGGGCAUCCGUUGCGAGCGCGCUGCGAGGCGAGGCCGAGGCGCGCCGCGCGCUGGCCGCGUGCGCCGCCGCCGACCGCCAGCGCCGCGCCGACCACCAGCAGCUGAAGCAGGCGCACGCCGCGCUGCAGCACAAAAUGUCUGCGUGGCGCGGCAGCGAGCGCUCGACGGCGUCGCUGGAGCGGCGGCUGGGCGAGGAGCGGCGCGCGCGCUCGCACGUCGAGAGCCAGCUGCAGCGCCAGCGCAGCGCCCGCCAGGACAGCGGUGAAUGUGAGAACUCGUGGUGCGCUUCGCGGCGGGCCGCGGCGGAGAGCGAGACAGCUACAUUACGGCGCGACUUACAACGCGCGCGCGACGCCGCCACUGCGUUACAGAGGGAUCUCAACCAAGCUACGGAGCAGGUUCGCAACCUCGAAACCCGUGAGCGGCAAGACGAGUCGAACGCGUCAAGCGCGAACGGACGCAUGGCCGGCGCGCUUACGGCGUUACACGAGCGCGCGGCGCACUUGGAGCGCGCGCUGUCGGCCGAGACGCGCGUCAAGCUCGACCUGCUCUCCGCGCUCGGCGACGCCAAGCGGCACAUGCAGAUACAGCAAGGGGUAAUAUCUCGACAAGAAAAAGAACUAGAGGAGCUAAAGGCUCAGCUGCUAGCGCUAGUGCCGCGCCUCCCGGCGCCGCUUGACCCCAACGCGUCCGUCUACACGCCGCAGCACCAGCUAAGCGGCGCGUAGGCACCAGCGGCCACCAGCUCACGCCCGGUAUACAAUAACACACCCGGUAUACAAUAACAGCACACCCGGUAUACAAUAACAGCACACCCGGUAUACAAUAACAACAUUCGGUGUACAAUAACAACACACCCGGUAUACCAAUAACACACUUGGUAUACAAUAACAGCACACC